UUAUGUGGAGCAAUGUAAAUAACUGUUUCGGAGCUGUAGUGUUAGUGAGUUGAAUUCCCUUGUGGAAUCGUUUGCUUUUCUGUGCUUUUAAAUGUAUACUGCCUGUAGCAGUUCAGAAGAGAUCAUUGCCAUGGUGAAUAAGUAUUGUGUUCCUGGUUGUGACAGUAAUUACGAUGAGAAGAAGAAGGUUCACAUUUUUAAAUUUCCAGCCGAUGAGAAUACGCGAAGGAAAUGGUUAUCUGCGAUCAAAAGAGAGAACUUCGUUAAUCAAGCAUUCUGUGGUCUGCCAUUUGUACUUCUGCGAAGGCGAUAUAUUGUGGGAAACACAAGCAGUAGACUGGAAAACCGGGGCUACGUUAACCGCACCACUAAGCGAGCCGCAACUCCGAGAAAAUGUAGUCCCAAGCAAAUGUCCUAACUGCACUUCGUGUAUUUCGAAAGUGAUGCCAAAAACCAGAGAAACUCCUUCUGAAAAACAGGAGCACAGGGAAGCUUCUUCACUGAGAGCAUCCACAGAGGACAGUAUUAAAUCUCUAGAAGAAUAAGUUUUCCUUCAAUUCAUUUCAAGAACUGGUAAAGAACCUCGACUCUGUUACUUGUAGCGAAAAGUGCUCAAAAGCAGUGAAUGGUUCAUAUAUACUGUUUUUUUAUGUAGACACUGAAAUAACACCAUAUCAUAUUUUGUACAUAAUUAUUAAUCAGGAACUCAGUGUAAGCAUUUAUGUUAAGGGCUGUGAAAUUACUUCCAAGAAAGUUCCAAAAACUGUGAGUAAAAUCCGUGAUCUAGACAAUAUUAUAAUAUUUGUUGAAAGUUUAGUGUGAAAAAAGGAAGAAAAACAUCUUCAACACAUCAUUGUUGAGUUGUUAGAUAACUUAGAAUGUGAGGGGAAAAUUAAAUCUGCUGUUGAAUUAAUAAGAAGUCAGUUUCAGUUAAGCUUUUCGCGUUCUGAGAGAUAAAGGUUUCCUCCCCAUGUUUUAGUAUUUGCUUCUUUGUUGGUUUUUACUUCGGGCCAUGCUUACAGAUUCAUAAGGAACACUGAAAAUAUUAUUCUACCUCAUCUUAGUACUAUUAGAAACAUCUGUGCAAAUAUUAAUGUUGAUCCUAACAAUCCAAACUUUCUAGUUACAGUAGGGAGAAAGUACCAAACCCAAA